UUUGACUUGAAUUUUCAAAAUAUUUGUAAGUAGAUCGUAUAAUUCCAUCAAGAUGAUUCUAUUUAAAGUAUACAUGUUUGUUGGUUUCUUAUCAGUCUUAAAAGCACAAACAAAAUUUAUGCCUAACUUGCCUUUGGGAGAAUAUCGAUUGAUAAUCUCAGCUAUGUAUCAAUGUAAGAAUAUAAUAAGCGAUUUACCAAUCACUUCUAAUAUAUAUUUGAGUAAAAGGUCAUCCAAUACUACCGAAAUGAGAGGGAAUUUCACAAUGAAUACACAAUUCGACGAUUCAUAUGUACUUGAUGCAAACUUUGCUUCUUGGAGCUUAACUGGUGGUUGGAAACCAAACGCUAUUAUUUACGUAACUAAUAAUGCCUGUACCAAAGCGAAAAGUAUUCUUGGAAGUGUAUGGAAUACAAUUGCGAAUGCUUUCAAGUUUCCAAGUGAAAACUGUCCAGUACCAGCGGGUAUCUACAAAUCAUCGGGAUUCGACACAACAUUUUUUAAUGACAACAACUUUCCUAAAGUGUUUUUUUAUGGAAAAUAUAAAUUUGUUGGUAAAAUAAGAACCAAAGAUAAUAAACUUAUUGCCUGCAUAGUUGCUGAGUUAAACAUGGUACGACCAUGGGAAUCAAAUCUGGAUUGAAAUUUACCUAUUAUAAUACCUAAUAUUAAAAAUAUUUUUGGUGUUGGGAAUUAUUGUAUUUUUAUCAUUUAAA